AUGGAGCACACGCCAUCGGCCGCGCUGCAAGAGCAAGUCAACUCGGCGGAGGACGCACUGAAGGCCGCACUUGUGCGGGCUGCACAAGCAUGCAAAGCUGGGUUCGAGGAGAAAGAGCGCUUGCUCGAGGUGACCGGCCCCUUGAAGAGCGCAGAUGAGGCGGCACUACCAACGACUGGCGAGGACGACGAAGUGUACUGUAGAAUGGAUCGAGAGACGUACUACCACUUGAUCGCUUGGACGAACGCCGAGCAAGCAGCGUUCGCCAAUGCGGAGGUGGAGCUGCUGGAGGCCAAGCUGCAGCAUCUUCACCUGACAGCGUUGGUGCAGUCCGAUCUGACGACCGAAGAGCGCGCCAGAUUGAGCGGCGUUCUGGAGUCGGCACAGCUCAGAAUUACCCAGCUUUGGGUCAUCACUAAAGAGCGACAAGAGCAGAUCAGCUGCGUGCAAGAGAUUCUGAGGGGCGCCCGAAGGACUCGCGUGGAGGUGGAUAGAAGCGAGUGA